AUGCUCUCUUUGUUCGCUUUCCCAUUUCUAUGGGCAGAUGCGCGCGCGCACGUGUGUGUGUGUGUGUAUGUGUCCUGCAUGAGCUCUGUGUUGUUCUGUGGUAUUCCACACAGCCAACCGAACGCGUGGGAGGUGCACCAGGCGCCUCCGGCGACAGCCUUGAAGAGUCAUCAUGACAGUCCUCAUUUCUCUCUCGAGGUGCACGAGCUAAAAUUCUACGCAGACAUCUACAAUGAACACCAUACAUGCUGCUGGCCGCGGCUAGUGCUCGACGCCCACCUCGGCAAAUCUGCGGAGGAGGUAGCUCACGCUCAGGCGGCUGUCACCGCGGCUGAAAACGUGAAGCAGACAUUUUUCGGACCAAGCGCGGCGGCCGCAGACGCCGCCAAGGCUUCUUUGUCGCUGUACACGAACCAUAUGGCUGAGGUAAUGGAGCAGUUGUAUAUGACGCAACAGGAAAAGGUGCCCCGCGCAGCGUAUGCGCGUCGCGCGCUAUUUCACCAAGGAGUUCCACCCGUGCUGCGCUGCCACGAGCACAGUGACUCCUUCGCCUACGUGCUGAGUGGACAGCUCCGACUGUUUCACAGCUGCCGACUCAGGACCUCGGUAAGUGAUCACCAAUUUGAUGGGCGUGAAAGUCGCUGUUCGCAUGGGCCUACCGCUGAUGACCUCGCGCGCGAUGUGUUUCCUCUGGUGCUUAUAAUGGCUCCUGGGGAUGACUGUGCCCUGUACGUCGACGCCGAGCCGCCCGUGGCCUCCGCAGCGACUCAGUGGCGCGCGAAGCCUCUCGUUCUGGCACUGGAGUCGGUGGAGCCUGUGGGCUCGCCUUCUCUCGAUGAAAGUGGGGUGGAACACGAGGUGUGGUGCGGUGCCUAUGCACCGUUCACGUGGAUCUGCAACCCGUUUGGGAACCAGAAGGUUUCUGUGCUGAUCAAGUCCACCGCUGCGAUGCGUCGCAUGCCGCGGACGCAGAAGCACGAUACGGCGAAAUCAGCUGCGUCCACGCAAAAAGCAAUAGCUCGACAAAUCGAGUCGCCAGACACAACGGCACCGGCGUCGCUACAGCCACUGCAGCUUUCUUUCAUUGUGCACGCGUCGCAGUACGCGUGUGAGGCUGCGAAGGAGCGAAUCGUGCGGGCAUUGGCAUCCAGCGACGUGUACAAUCUUCAUGUGACGAAAUGCAUGCGCUUCGGCCUCGGCGGAGCGGACUUUUACAAGCGUGCUGUGCUGGGUGCGGAUGAGGAGGCGCUCUCACAUGCGCGAAGCCGGCGACCUGCCCAGCUGAUGCGGCUUCUGGACGACAAGCUGGAGCUUGUGGCGGACGCGACGUCGCGGGUGACGAAGCCAGAAGAGAGACUGCAUAGCUCCUUCGCCGACGGGGCUUCCAGGGAGUCUGUGGGGUCACCUUCGUUGAAGGUGCCUCGGCACGAAGGUGAUGGCGAGCCUCCGUCAUCGGCGGCGGAUGCAGAGUGCUCGUUGCCUCGCUUGGUUCCUUCCGUGGCAGCGUAUCCUAUUGCUCAGCUCUGCACGAGGAGGCCGAUCGAGCGGGAAUGGUGCCGACUUCCGAAGUCGAUCACGCUCGCUUCCGUCCUGCCGGGGCCGACAGGCAUCACCCCAUCGCACAGCGGCUGGCCGCUGCGUGUGCUACCUCACGCGAGCGAGGGCUCCGGUCCUGUUGUGGAGCUGUCUUCACUCGCAACUCUACAGGACCUAGCGGCGGCAUUGCGCAGUGUGUCGCCAUGA